AGGGAGAUUGUGAGUGCGAAAGAGAAGAACAAAUACAAGUUCGCACCAGCUGUGUUGCCUCCGGAGUUUGGUUCCUUUUUUGAAGAAUGCUUCGAAACAGACCGAGAGCUGCCGGAAUGUCUUCAGUUGCGGCUAAUCCACCUUUUGGGGGCCAUUCUCUCUGGAUCCAAGCAAAAUGCCCUCCAGAUGAUCUCUCCGUCGUCGGUCGAGGUCCUCAUGCUGGUCCUCAGGAGGUGGUGCCUCCCAGCCAGCGGGCCCACCAAGGACCCCCAGUUGCUGCAGUUGACCCUCAAGAGCGUGGUGUCCAUGGUGCACGUCCUCCACGCCAGCAGCCCCAGCCAGCGGGCUGUAGAGAUACGAGCCAUCUUGGACAGCUUCUUCAAAGUCCUAAAUGCCGACCAACCGUUGGCCUCGUUGGAAGGGUCACCCGGCCCUCACUGGGAGGAGAAGCUGAUCGCACUGCGGGUGAACAUGCUGGAUGCCAUUCCGGAAAUGUUGGAUUCCGACGAUCGUCCAGUCUUACAAGCCACUUUCCUGAGUAACAAUUGCUUCGAGCACAUCAUACGGUUGAUCCAGAACAGCAAGCUGCACCUGAGCAGGGAGUGCAAAGCACCUGCAAGGGAUCUGGCCCCACAGCUGCCGACUCAGAUGGAGACCUCCCAGGUUUUUGACAACAGUUCGGACGCCAUUCCGAUUCACGCCAUCGGGGUCCUGACCUCCAUCAUGGCUACCUCUCCCUCUGCUAAGGAGGUCUUCAAAGAGAGGAUUGGCUACUCCCACCUCUACGAGGUCCUGAAGAGCCAGAGUCAGCCCACCAAGAGGUUGCUCCAGGAGCUACUCAACAUGGCUGUCGAAGGGGACCACACCGCCACCCCUCCGCGCCUCAUCCACAACGAGCAGCCACUACUGAUCCUGACCCAGUGGAUCCCCGAGCUCACCUCCCGGGAUCUCCAGAUCUUCCUUUCCGAGUGGCUGAAGAAAAUCUGCAAAGCUUCUCUCCAGAGCCGCACCACCUGCGUCCGGGCGGGCAUGGUGGGGUACCUGUUGGACGUGCUGAGCGCCGCGCAGCAGAAUCUCGACCGCAAAUGCACCGAGAAUCUGGUCGACUUGCUUCAAGCGCUCGGCGGCCUCUCGAUCCGUCCGGGUGAAUUACGGCAGUUGCUGAAACUCCUGCGGACCGAGAAUGGGGCAGGUUGCCACCCAUACACCGUGCAAGUCGUGCGAGCUCUUUCGGGGAUGGCGCGGAAGGAGGGACCCGAGCGGGCACUGCAGUAUUUCGACCUGAUGCCCAGCAUGGCGGGGAUCAUGGUGCCCACCAUCCAAAAGUGGCCCGGGGGCGGCUUCGCCUUCCACGCCUGGCUGUGUCUCCUGGCCGAAGACACCAAGGAGGCUCCGGAGGAAACAGGCCGGCUGAAGCGGAAACAACUGUACAGCUUCUUCACGGCCAGCGGGACUGGCUUCGAAGCCUUCUUCACCACGGAGGGCAUGUUGGUGGUGGCUGUUUGCACCAAGAAGGAGUACAUGACGGUGGCUCUGCCAGAGAUUCCCUUCAACGACGCAGCCUGGCAUUGCGUUGACGUCGUCCACAUUGUGGGCCGCCGGCUGUUCAGUCAGAAUCUGGUGAACAUUUUCGUAGAUGGCCAGCUCAAGAAAAUGGCCCAGCUACGUUUCCCGUCCCUCGGUGAGGCGUUCACCUCUUGCUGCAUUGGUUCUGCUGGCCAUCGGACUACCACCACGUCCACCAUCUACUCGCCCCCAUCUCACUCGCCGGAUCUGGAGUUCCCGACGCAUCCUUUCCUGAACCGCUCGCAGUCCUUCCCAGCGUCUCUGGCUUCUCACACCUGGACCCCCAUCCCACCCCGGGAAAGCAUAGUUUCCACCAUGAUUGCGGGGACCCAGGACACCGAGUGGGGGAUGCCCACCUCUUUGGAGGGCCACUUGGGGUCAGUCGCUAUCUUCUACGAGGCACUCCAGCCUGCUCAGGUGAAGGCCUUCUUCUUGGCAGGACCAAACAUCGCAUCACCGUUUAAGCCCGAGGGAGACUUUGGGGAACUGAGUAGCAAAUUACUUUUGUACUACACGCCCCAGGCCUGUAAAAGCAACAUCUGUUUGGACCUGUCUCCAAACCAUAACCUGGACGGGAGGUUGACGGGGCAUCAAGUGGUGAACUGGGAUGUUAAGGAUGUCAUCAACUGUGUUGGCGGGAUGGGAGCUCUCCUCCCUCUGCUGGAUCAAGUAGCGUCUCAAAAGGAAGAAAGCAAAGAGAUCCAGGAGAUUAACGAUCUGGUUGGGCCAGAGUUGACGUCUUCAAGGAGCGCUCAAGGCUUACACAUUCCCUUGGGGAAAUCUUCAGAGGGCAGGCUGGAGAAGAAUGGAGUGGCUGCUUUUUUACUACUGGUAAAGAACUUCCUGUGUGGUCACCAAGUCAAUCAAGAGAGUUUGGUCCAAUGUCAUGGUCCGGCCAUUAUUGGAGCCUUGCUACAGAAGGUCCCCAGCCAGAUGAUGGACAUGAACGUCCUCAUGGCCUCCCAGAUUCUGAUGGAGACGGUAGCCUCAGAAGGACACAACCUCUUGCUUCAUCUCCUCUACCAAGCCCUCCUCUUUGACUUCCGCAUCUGGACCAACAGCGACUUUGCCGUCCGGCUGGGACACAUCCAAUAUCUGUCCAACAUAAUUAAGGAUCACAAACAAAGGAUACGGAAGAAAUAUGGAGUACAGUACAUCCUAGACGCCAUCCGGACCUAUUAUGGAACCUACAAGGAGAAGCCCAUUGCCACCGAUGACCUCCGGACAGUGCAAACGUCCCUCUUCAGCCUGAUCAAGGACUUCUUCUGCAGGAACAUCUCCAGCGAUGAGAUGCAAAGCACCAUGAACUAUCUGGCAGCCGUAAAUGAUGAGAACCAGGUGUGUGGGAUACUGGAAGUGAUCCAGAGCCUGCAGAAGAGUUCCCCGUACCAGGACCAUCUCUUCGCUUUCCUGUUUGAGCCAGGCAACGUGGAGGUCUUCUUCUCCCUACUCACUCAACGGAAGUUUUCAGAUGAAGUCAGGGAGAGAAUCUUCAAGAUCUUGUACAAGUUGCUGAAGUACGAGAAGAUCCAUGAGCGAUAUAAGCAUCGUUUGAAGCUGAAGGACAUCGGCUACCAUGGCUUCAUCUCGUACCUGAACGACAUCCCGGUUUCCGUACUGUUCUUCCGGUGCCUUCUGGAACAAGUCCUCGGAGCAGAUUCCCCAAAUUACAAGGAUUUGAUGGCGGUCAUUUACCUCUCCCACCGGGCAGAUCUGACGGUCAGACUGGACAUCUGCAGGAAGCUCUUCCACCUAAUUUACUCACAGCACGACAUGGUGAAGCACCUGGCCAAGCUAGCGGGCUGGCAGGAUACCCUGACCAAGCUGUACGUCAAGGAAUCGUACGAGUCUCGCCAACACAGCCUGUCCAGCUCGGCCAACGGGGUGGACUUCUUGAAGCUCUCAGAGCAGCCAAGCAUGGAGAGAGGGAAAGAGCUGGUGGGCUCCACUAGCCCCUUGGCCUCCGAGCUGCCGGAUUUGGAUGUCUUCCUCCCGCUGGGCUACGAAGCGUCCGACCACGAGCUCUCCGAAGGGCUAUCGGACCUCUCCAUGUCCCCCACCAACCAGAAGUACAAGAUCUUCCAGUCCUACGCCUUCAAGUCCUUCGACUCGUUAGAGCUGGCCAGUCAUUCCUCCUCUUCCAAUAUCAUGGACCUCCCCGGGCAGGGAGAGGUCCACCCGGGAGGCCCAGUUGACCGCGUCUACUACCCGCUCUCGCCUUUCUCCAAUUCCCCCUUCGAGCUCGGAUUGGAUUUGGGCAGCAGUAGCUCGGCGGCCACCUUGGAAAGCGGCAACCAGACGCCCCUCAGCCUUCCCGGGACGCCGUCUCCCCUGGAAAACUUCAAGCCCUUCCCGGGUUCCAGAGCUCGCAAGAGUUCCAGCUUGUCCAACGUUCUGGACGAGACGAGCUACCAAGAAACGCUGCCGAGCGACAGUAUCUCCAACACGAGCAACCCCCAGCAAACCCCGGAGGAAGAACUGUGCAACUUGCUGACCAACAUCAUCUUCUCGGUCACCUGGCGGGGCGUGGAGGGCUGGGACGACGUGGCGUGGAAAGAGCGAGGACAGGUCUUCUCCGCCCUCACCAAGCUGGACUCGGCCUGUGAGCUGGUCCGCCCUCCUGACGAGAUCAAGCGCAGCCUUCUGGAGAUGAUGAUGGAAUCGGCCUUGACGGACCUGAAGGAGGCCACUCCAUCUCUGCUGCCCAGCCUCAUACAGAACGCCCUGAAGCUUCUCCAUCUCCUCCAGGACUUCUUGUUUUCAGAAGGUCACAACAACCAGGUCCUCUGGAGCGAGAAGAUUUACGAGGGUGCCAACAGCCUCCUGGACAAGCUGGGGGUAUGGUACCACGUGGCCAACGGCACUUCGGACUUGAAGGAGAUGGCUCAAAUUGGCCUGCGGGUACUGAUCGGAUACAUCAUGUUGGAAGACGUGCAGUUGCAGUCCUUGGCCUACGUCAAGCUUCAUGGCCUUCUCCAGACGGCUUCAGCCCCCAGGAAAGAACAAGCCUGUUAUCUCCUGGGAAAACUGGAGACCCCACUCAGGGCUUCCCUCCACACCAAGUCAGAGACCUUCUCCUGGCUGGUGCCCAUCAUCCGGACGUUGAUGGACCAGUGUUACGACGCUUUGCAGCUGCAGCACUUCCUCCCGUCUCUGCCCCCCACCAACGGCAGCCCCACCUUCUACGAGGACUUCCAGAUCUUCUGCACCCACCAGGAGUGGCUCACCUUCAUUGAGAAGCACGUGCAACCCACCAUGGCCCAGUUUGAAAUGGACACCUUUGCCAAGAGCCACGACCACAUGUCCAACUUCUGGAACUCCUGCUAUGACGCCUUGUUGAGCAGCAAUCAGAGGAAGGAGAAGGAGAAAGCCGAGAGCCGGAGGAAGUUCCAGGAGCUGAUCCUGGAGCCUGUAAUGAAACGGGCGAAAUACGAAAACAUCCGGCACACAAAUAUGCUGAAGCAGAUCAACCAUCAUCACAAUACGGUCUUGCAACAAUGGCAGGCGCUGAAACGGCUUCUGACUUCCCAGCGCUCCGUCUGGGCCGAGCAAAAUCCACCUGAGAUCUACUGGAAGCUGUCCAACGUGGAGACCUACUCCCGAAUGAGACUCAAGUUGGUUCCCAAUCACCACUACGACCGCCACGCGGAAGCUAGUGCCUUGCGCGACAACCUUGGUGCCGACGGCUUACACAACCCAGCGGAGUCGCUACCUUUAGCGGUGGCCAAAGAAGCCAAAGUCAGUGAGAUGCAGGAUGAUCAACUGGCAGAAGAAGACCUCUCGUUCUUGGACAAUCACCUAGAACCCAAAGAGCAAAGCCAGCGGGAGAAACUGCUCAUCUCGGAGGAUUGCGAACUCAUCACCGUCGUGGCCGUGAUCCCAGGGCGCCUGGAGGUCACCAACCAACAGAUCUAUUUUUACGACAGCAACAGCGAGAAGGAGGAGACCGAGGACGGUAUCGGACACGACUUCAAGCGUCCACUUGUCGGUCAGCUCCGGGAGCUGCACCUGCGGCGUUACAACCUGCACCGUUCGGCCCUGGAGUUCUUCUUCAUCGAUCAGGCGAAUUAUUUCCUCAACUUCAAGAAAACUGUAACAGAAAGGGAGGAAGCAAGGUUUUAUGUCACCAUCCUCAGCUUGCAGCUUCCCAACCAGAUUUAUCAAGGCAGCCGCUCCCCACAGGACCUUCUCAAGGCCGGACUGACUCAGAAAUGGGUCACUAGGGAGAUCUCCAACUUUGAAUACCUCAUGCAGCUGAACACAAUUGCGGGACGCACUUAUAAUGACCUUUCUCAAUAUCCCGUGUUCCCCUGGAUCCUGCAAGAUUACGUCUCGGAGACCCUGGAUCUCAACAACACUGCCGUUUUCCGGGAUCUCUCCAAGCCCAUUGGAGUGGCCAAUGAGAAACACGCCAAGGAUGUCAAAGAGAAGUACGAGAGCUUCGAGGACCCGGGGAUGAUUGACAAGUUCCACUAUGGCACCCACUACUCCAACGCAGCCGGCGUCAUGCACUACCUGAUCCGUACGGAGCCCUUCACCACGCUGCAUAUCCAGCUGCAGAGCGGGAGAUUUGACUGUUCGAUGCCGUUCCACUCGGUUCCUGCCGCUUGGCAGGCUCGCUUGGAGAACCCGGUGGAUGUGAAGGAGUUGAUCCCGGAAUUCUUCUACUUUACAUUUCUGAGCAACCAGAAUGGUUUCGAUCUCGGCUCCCUUCAGAUAUCGAAUGAGAAAGUGGGGGGAUGUGGUCCUUCCAAAUGGGCCAAUUCCCCAGAAGACUUUAUCCACAAACACCGGCAGGCACGGUAUGAAUCCGAGUACGUCUCAGCCCAUCUGCACGAAUGGAUUGACUUGAUUUUUGGAUAUAAGCAGAGGGGGGCAGCAGCUGUGGAGGCUCUGAAUGUAUUCUAUUAUUGCACUUACGAAGGGGCUGUUGACUUGGACGCGAUCGCAGACGAAACGCAGCGCAAGGCUUUGGAAGGCAUCAUCAGUAACUUUGGGCAGACCCCCUGCCAGCUGCUGAAGGAACCGCACCCGGCCCGUUACUCAGCUGAAAAUGCCGCCAAAAGACUUUCUCGUCUGGACACUUAUUCUCCGAACAUUUUUGAGAAUCUGGAUCAGCUGAAAUCGUUCUUCGUAGAAGGCAUCAGCGACCGGAUCCCGCUUGUCAGGGUGAUCGUGCCCAAAAGCCAAUCUCAUUCUUUCAUGACUCAGGGAUCUCCUGACAUGAUGGUCACAGUCAGUGCCAACGGGCUGCUGGGAACUCACAGCUGGUUGCCGUAUGAUAAAACAUCUCCAAUUUACUUCAGCUUCACCAAAGACUCCACUGUCUCCAACCCAAGUGAGACGCAGCGCUACCUGUACGGUCCCUUCGCUCCGGGGGCAGAGUUGUCCUCCAAGACGUUGGUCGUCUCACACGACGAACUCCUCUUCAGUGGCGGUCACUGGGACAACAGCUUGCGGGUCACCUCGCUGAGUAAAGGGAAGGUGGUGGGACACAUCACCCGCCAUCUAGAUGUUGUCACCUGCCUGGCCUUAGAUCUGUGCGGAAUCUACCUCAUUUCUGGAUCACGAGACACUACCUGUCUGGUGUGGCAAGUCCUCCAACAGGGUGGGCUGUCUUGUGGCUUGGCUUCCAAGCCAGUCCAGGUCCUCUACGGACACGAAGAUGAAGUCACAUGUGUUGGCAUUAGCACCGAGCUGGACAUGGGGUCAGGGUCCAAGGAUGGAACCAUCCUUGUUCACACCAUCCGCCGAGGGCAGUUCAUGAAGUCGUUGAAGCCCCCGUGCGAGAGUUCCCUGCCGGUCACCAUCUCCAACCUGGUUGUGGGUCACGAGGGGCAGAUCGUGGUCCAGACGAUCGUGGGGGGAAGAGCCUCCCUCAAGGACAAGUUCGCCCUCCACCUUUACUCUGUCAACGGCAAGCACCUGUCUUCCGUCUCCUUGGAUGAGCAGGUUACCUCGAUGUGCGUCAUGGAGGAAUUUGUCGUGUUGGGAACGCUCCAGUGUUCGUUGCAGAUCAGGGACCUUCAGAGGCUGCAUCUGGCAAUUCCCUCUUUGGUUAUGAAGGUCCCCAUCCACAGCGUAUCCGUGACGAAGGAGAAAAGCCACAUCUUGGUUGUGGAGGACGGCAAGUUGAUUGUGGUCGGUGCAGGGCAGCCUUCGGAGGUGCGGACGGGCCAGUUCCAUCGGCGGCUGUGGCGCUCGACGCGGCGCAUCUCCCAAGUGUCUUCGGGCGAGACAGAAUAUCAUCCAACGGAAUCCAAAUAGAGGCCUCGUUUUUAACUUUCCUGUUGCCUUGUAGUUACCUCUCUGCCACAGCGGCCCCCCGGGUUCUCCUAAGAGGAGGUCAACCGCGGCUGCUGUCCGAUUCUCUCGCUGCGCCGCCGACCGAUUUUUUUGUGGCUGCAGGGGAUAACCUGCGGCAACUCUCCAGAAGCGAGAACCUGCACACGUCCGGAGCAGGCUCCUGAAUGCAGUUCGUGCCGCAGAACAAUCUGGGGGUUUUGUGCGUGUGUGUGUGUGUGCGUGUGUGCGUGUGUUUUCCCCGAGUCCAUUCAGCUAUUCCCCACCAAUCAAUGCUAUACUACUGUUGAUUCCUGCAGAGCUUGAAACGGCAAAUGUUUGUAUUCCUCGUCUGAUACUGGAGGGCGUGAGCGAGAGAGGACCGGGGCGGUAAGGCUGCUGGAGUGUCUCUUCCCCCCUCGCCUGCCUGCCCGUCGCCCCCCCCCCCUUCCCACCAUGUGUCAAGAGUCUGGGGAUGACGAGUGAAGCAAUA